UUUCUCUGCCUCUCUCUGCCCCUCUAUCUCUCUGUAGCGCUCUGUUUUUUUUUUUUUCCCUCUGCCUUUCCUCAGCAUCCCCCCUCUCAGCGAUGGCGUGUGUCAGUGCCGCUCGGCCGUCUGUGGCCUAACGCACACAGAGAGGACCACUAUUCCUCUCCCGAUUUGCAGCGCAUUCCUCGGGUGUCUCUUCUCCCCGUGUCCUUCACCGCUUCUGCUGCCUUGCAGCUCCCACCCCGCCUCCCCGUGCGGGUGUCUGGGAGUCGGGCCCUCGGGGGUGGAGGAAAUCAACAUCGUGCUUCGCUGGGGAGCUGUGCAGAAUUAGCUAUGCCCUGCCCAGGCAUCUUUUGACCGGUCGGAUUCCUCCAUUUCUGCCCGCCUGCAAUCCAGAGGGCAGCGUAGGAUGAAAAUCUGCGAUCAUGAUGCAAGGACUGAAAAACCGAACCAGGAAAGCCCUGGGCUUACGAAAGAAAGACAAGGACAAAGAAACAACGAGCUCACCUGACAAAGAAGGAAGUGGAAGUGGAAAGAAAGGAAGCAAAAAGGCCAACGGGGCUCCCAAUGGUUUCUAUGGGGAGAUUGAUUGGGACAGAUAUGCCUCUCCUGAUGUAGAUGAGGAGGGCUUCAGCCUCCGGCCUGGUGACGAGGGUGAUGCAGCCUCCAAAGAAAAGCACUUUUUCUCGUCCAGCGACUCAGAGGAUGACGAGGACAGCAAAAAAAAGUUCAAAAUUAAGAUCAAGCCGCUGGUGUCAGACAGUGCCAAGUGUGUGCUUCCAUCCAUGGACGAGCUGAAAGCGUCAGUGGGAGGCCUGGCGCUGUCCCCGUCUCUGAGGAGAAGUCCGAGACGCAGUCCGGGGCAGAUAAAAAGGAACUUGUCCUGUGAGGAGAUCGCUAGACCCAGACGCUCGACCCCGAUACCGAGUCCUGCCCCAGAGACGCAAAGUGACAGGCUGUCACAGAACACUCCUGCCUUCUUUGAGCUGCCUUUACAGAGAAAAUAUGCCAGAUAUGACGUGGUACCUUCGGACGCGUGGGGAGAUUCUAGACCCCGAUCAGAAUCACAGCUGAGCAGAAGUUUUCCAACAGGGGCUCCGCCUCCACUCCCUCCAAAAAACAUUCCAUCGAGAAGUCACUACGGCUAUCCUUCAGAAUCUGCUGCCGAUCUACCCAAUGGGAGGGCGGCUCGCAGUUCGGCACCAAUCUACCUGAAUGUCCUCUCCCCAGCCUCUUACCGAGGCUCCCCUGCCCCCGACCUAGACGACGUCUUUGGACCCACGAGUGAGGACACCAUGUCUCCCAGAUGGGUUACUUUCACCGAUGACAGGCCCCCACCGCCCGAUGAACCGGCUCCACCUCCGCCACCGGACUCUCCUCCGCCAGACACACCUUCAUCCACUCCCUCCACCCCCUGCCUCUCACCUGGACCACCUCCAAACGAACCCCCACCUUCACCUCCGCCGUUUUCCCCUGGGUCUCCUCCUCGUUUCACUCCGCCAGACUCGCCUCCCUCCAUCCUACUCGGACCUCCUCCUCCAGAUGAACCAGCCCCUCCUCUGCCCCCAGAAUUCUCCCCCUCUAAUUCCCCUCCUGGGUGCCCUGAAGAGGAUGCUAUUGAUGAGGAGGUGCUGCAGUUUGCAGAGUACUCUUCCUCCCCUGCCCCCAUCAGCCCUGUGCCUCCUCUGCCAGCGGAGCGUAGAUCCCCUCGUGCUGGAGUCACGUCUCCGCUGGUCUUUGGGGGUUUAGGGGGUAAGAGGACUCCAGAAGGUGUAAACCUGAGAGAAGAUGUACCAGACUUUGUGGGUUCCCCCAGAGAGCUGACGCCAAGCUUCAGGGGCACGCCACCUCCUCUUCCUCCAACUACCUACAGGUCUAUCAUGUCUUCCCCGGGACCCUACUCAGGCAGCAGCCCCUCAUCUCCAGCUCGUCCUACCACACCUCAGUCUCGAGGCAGCCCAGUCCCUCCUCCUCCUCCUCCUCGUCCGUCCUCCCGACCAAAGCUGCCCCCGGGGAAACCAAUCACAGACCUGACCCGGCCGUUCAGUCCGCCAGUUUCAAGCAGCCCCCCGCCUUUUGCCCCCCUGGCCCGGGCGGAGAGCUCUUCAUCAAUCUCCUCCAUUACCUCACAGAGUGCAGCAUCCACCCCAACUUUAGGAAGGGACCUCAACUUGUCCACCACAGGGUGCUCCAGAGGUCCCAGUCCACUCACCAUGGGACCCCAAGACACUCUGCCAGUGGCAGCUGCCUUCACAGAAACCAUCAAUGCCUACUUUAAAGGCGCUGACCCCAGCAAAUGUGUUGUGAAGAUCACAGGGGAGAUGGUGCUGUCCUUCCCCGCUGGCAUAACCAGGCAUUUUGCAAGCCACCCAGCUCAACCUAUCCUCACUUUUAGCAUCAGCAACUACAACCGACUGGAGCAGGUCCUCCCUAAUCCACAGCUGCUGUGCUGUGAUUCCACUACAGACAGUGUAGACAGAAAGGAGUUCUGGGUAAAUAUGCCAAACUUGAUUAGCCAUCUAAAGAAAGUGGCUGAACAGAAGCCUCAGGCGACAUACUACAAUGUGGAUAUGAUCAAGUAUCAGGUCUCAGCAGACGGGAUCCAGUCCACUCCUUUGAACCUGGCAGUGAGCUGGCGUGGCGAUGGCACCAACAUAGACCUUAGAAUAGACUACAAAUACAACACGGAGGCUCUGGCUGCCCCGGUGCCGCUUCACGACAUCAACUUCCUGGUUCCUGUUGAUGGAGGCAUUGCCAAACUACAGGCCAUGAUCCCACCUGCCACCUGGAAUCCGGAGCAGCAGACAAUACAAUGGAAAAUCCCAAGCCUGUCUCACAGGUCUGAGAAUGGAGGAGUAGGGGCUCUCCUGGGCCGGUUCCAGAUGAUCGAGGGUCCCUGUAAACCCUCCCAGCUGGCAGUCCAGUUCACAAGCGAAGGAAGCACUCUGUCAGGCUGUGACAUCCAGCUGGUCGGGACUGGCUACCGGCUAUCAUUGGUCAAAAAGAGAUUUGCUGCAGGGAAAUAUUUGGCAGAUAAUUAGCGGACCUGUUUGCGAACAGAACCAAGAAAAUCAAUGGCUUUUGACUGUGAAGACUAUGGAUCAUCCCAUGUUUAGUGCAUUUGAAAAUUUAUCUUUAGGAGCCAUUAGAUUUAAUGGCUGGAGUUUAUUAGAGUAACAGAUAACAACAAAGAGGUGAAAUGUGACAUUCUCGGUCAACUGACUGCUGCUGAGUUUAUGCAAGUAAAUACAAGUCAUUAGUUUUGUGCACUUGGAACACUUAUGAGCUUAUAUAGAGUAACGUUUAGGGAAACCCCGAGUCUAUGUUCUUGUUAACUUAAAAAUAAUUGUAGAUUUCAUACAGUGAUCCAGCUUUAUUUGUUCUAUUUUCCUCUUGUUUCACGGGUUAUCACUUUGAAUGCACUCUUAAAGAUGAUGUGAAUAAUUUGUAUGACAAAACAAUCUUAAACGAGGUGGAAAAGAUGGAAAACGUUUUAACAUAGGUUUGCUUUGCAGAUGUAUUCCAAUUAGUUAUAGUCACAUGGUACUGUCUGAUUUGCACUGCCACCUUUAAAUCAGAUGUUUUUUGUUUAUUUUCAACAUGUGCGACUGUCGUGAUUGUUGUCCAAGCAGAAUGUAUUCCUCUGUGUGGACAGCUUUGACACCGUCAUAUCCCUUUUAUCUGUCUUAUGAUUAAAGGUGACAGUUUAAAAUGACCUGCAGCACUGGAAGAACAUCAGCACUAUGAAUCCUAAGGUGCUCUUGACACGGAAUUAUGUUUGCGCCUCAGUCCUGGGAACUUUAGGGAACAAUUUGAUCGUGGGUCGUGAUCAUUUCCUUCUAGCACAUAAAUUCGAUUUUGUAGGGAAACUCGUCACAAUAAAGGGCGGAAUAAUUCGAGUAAAUAAAACUGUUUGCUCUAUGAUUUGUAUGCUCGAUCCAUUUAAUCAUCAUAAGCCCACGAUAACCAAGAUCCAAACUUAAUGCUAUUUUGCUUCCUUAGACUGAAUGAGUUCUCUCCGGGUACUCCGGCUUCCUCCCACCGUCCAAAGACAUGCAGCUUGUGGGGAUAGGUUAAU